UUGUCAGCCUCCAAUCUGCAGUCCACCUGAGACCGAGGACUAUGCCUUCAAUUAAAUUGCAGUGUUCCAAUGGAGAGAUAUUUGGAGUUGAUGUUGAAAUUGCCAAACAGUCUGUGACUAUCAAGACCAUGUUGGAAGACUUGGGAAUGGAUGAUGAAGGAGAUAAUGACCUAGUUCCUCUACCAAAUGUUAAGGCAGCAAUAUUAAAAAAGGUCAUUCAAUGGUGCACCCACCACAAGCAUGACCCCCCUCCUCCCAAGGAUGAUGAGAACAAAGAAAAGUGGACAGAUGAUAUCCCUGUUUGGGACCAAGAAUUCCUGAAAGUUGACCAAGGAAUACUUUUUGAACUUAUUCUGGCUGCGAACUACUUAGACAUCAAAGGUUUGCUUGAUGUUACAUGCAAGACUGUUGUCAAUAUGAUCAAGGGGAAAUCUGAGGAGAUCUGCAAGAACUUCAAUAUAAAAAAUGAUUUUACUGAAGAAGAGGAAGCCCAGGUAUAUAAAGAGAACCAGUGGUGUGAAGAGAAGUGAAAUGUCAUGCCUGACACUAACACUGUAAGGAUUGUUCCAAAUACUAGUUGCACUGCUCUGUUUAUGAUGGUUGAUAUUAGACACACAGUAGACAAAUGGCAGCAGCAAAUCAGUUGGUUAAGCAGAAUAUUGUCUUCCUUGCAUGUAUAGUUUGAGUACAGAUUCCAAACUUAUGGGUGAGUUUCUUCUAGUAUGAUCAAUUUUUUUUUCUUUGCUCUAAAUAAAUCUGAACUGUGGGUUCUCCAUAGAAGGUGGCAUUUUGGGCUUUCCCUCUCUUUGUAAAGUUAUUUCUGCCUGGUUUAUUGUCUAGUUAACUUUAGUUUAAUGAUCUUUUAAAAGUUGGCAUUGUAAAUAAAACAAGUUGAAAAAAAAAAGCAGAAGUGCAUGAUGGAUUAGCAACUAGGGAAA